CGUGCUCCCUUCACUAUAAGUUCUCAAUAUUUACUUGUAUUUGCAUGUGAACCAUCUUAAUUCUAUUAACCUAGCUAGCUAGCUCUUUCUCUUCACUUUCGAGUCAUUCGAAUUCUGCCAUCAAAAUGAUGCCACUUGAUCAGCAUGAUCAAGCGACUACUCCUCGCAGUCCGAUUAGCAUUCAAGUGAAUAACAAGCCGGAUAACAUCUCGGUUUAUGCGGAGCCGUUUGAUUCGGCAGGUAACACUAGGCCGUGCGGGGAAGAACAAGUUUCGAAUCAACAGACUGCAUCGCCAGUGGGGGUUUCGGUGCUUCGGACGUCGAGAUGCUCGGUUACACUAAAGUUUGAAGAUGUCGGGUACAGUAUCAAGCUGCCGGGAGACAGUGGAGGGAAGUACUUAGCUUCGUGUAAACCUAAUAAACAUGCAAUCAAAACUUUACUUAAUGGAGUGAGUGGAAUUGUUAAGCCCGGAGAAUUGCUAGCAAUGCUUGGUCCAUCCGGGAGUGGAAAGACCACAUUACUAACAGCUCUAGCCGGAAGACUGCCUGGUAAGAUCUCGGGCAAGAUAACGUACAAUGGAGUACCCUUCUCGAGCUCCAUUCGUCACAAAACAGGCUUUGUCACUCAAGAUGAUAUCUUAUAUCCGCACUUAACUGUGUUAGAAACCCUAACUUAUGCUGCUUUGUUAAGGCUGCCGAAAACUCUGACAAAAGAAGAGAAAAUUGAACAAGCCGAGUUGGUCAUAAUGGAGCUUGGAUUAACAAGAUGCAGGAAUAGCCUUGUUGGCGGGCCGCUGAUCCGGGGAGUUUCUGGCGGGGAGAGGAAAAGGGUUAGUAUAGGGCAAGAGAUGCUCGUGAACCCUGGAUUGUUGUUGUUAGAUGAGCCUACUUCGGGACUGGAUUCGACCACUGCUCAACGGAUUGUGAUGACAUUGAGAGGGUUGGCACGAGGAGGGAGAACUGUGAUUACCACAAUUCAUCAACCUUCAAGUCGGUUGUUUAGGAUGUUUGAUAAGGUACUGGUGUUAUCCGAGGGUUCUCCUAUUUAUAGUGGUAAUGCUGAACAAGUGAUGGAGUAUUUCAGCUCCAUCGGUUAUGCUCCUGGCUUUAAUUAUGUGAAUCCUGCUGAUUUUCUGCUCGAUCUUGCCAACGGUGUGGCUCCUGAUCUAAGACAGGAUGAGUCACCAGAGUUUCAUGGCAUAAAAGAUCAACAUGAUGACCAGAAUUUAAUUAAAAAAUCAUUAGUUGGAUCUUACAAGAAGAGCAUCUAUCCUUGCUUGAAGGAAGAGAUUGCUAGGACUUGUCAAGACCCUCCUGGAGGACCAUUAGCCGCAAGAAGAUCAGAAAAUCAAUGGACAACCAGUUGGUGGUUGCAAUUUAAGGUGUUGCUCGUAAGAGGUCUACGCGAAAGAAAACAUGAAUCUUAUUCAGGUCUUCGCAUUUUCCAAGUCAUGUCUGUUUCCAUUCUUUCGGGCCUUUUAUGGUGGCAUUCUGAUACUUCCCACAUUCAAGAUCAGGUGGGACUUCUCUUCUUUUUCUCAAUUUUUUGGGGAUUCUUCCCUUUAUUCAAUGCCAUAUUUGCCUUCCCUCAAGAAAGACCAAUGCUAACAAGAGAAAGAUCUUCAUCAAUGUACCGUCUCUCCUCCUAUUACUUUGCACGAAUAGCUGGAGAUUUACCAAUGGAACUGAUCCUCCCAACCAUCUUUGUAACGAUCACAUAUUGGAUGGGAGGCCUCAAGCCAUCAUUUCUCACAUUUUCACUAACACUGUCCAUUAUACUCUUCAAUGUGUUAGUUUCCCAGGGAUUAGGCCUCGCCCUCGGAGCCAUUCUGAUGGACCUUAAAAAAGCCACUGCCUUAUCUUCAGUGAUCAUGCUUGUGUUCUUGCUUGUUGGUGGAUACUACAUUCAGCAAAUGCCGGUAUUUAUAGCAUGGAUGAAGUACUUGUCGUUUAGUCACUACUGCUAUAAGCUUUUAGUGGGAGUCCAGUACACAAAAGAUGAAGUUUAUGAGUGUGCACUAGGAGUGCAUUGCAGAGUGCAAGAUUUUCCAGCAAUUAAAGUUGUGGGGAUUGGAAAUUUGGUCUGGGACGUAGCUGCUUUGACUGUUAUGUUGAUUGGUUUCAGGGUUUUGGCUUAUAUAGGCCUAAGGAGAAGCCAAUUUCAUUAACUUGGACUUUUAUGUUGUAAUUAGUAAAUAAAUACUUGAGCUAGAUUGAUUAAGUAAAUUAAUCUAUGAGCUGAAUCAAGCUAAUGAAGUUGAUCAAUAUAUCUUGACAAUCGCUUGCUGAUCA